UCCCUCCAAACUUCUUGACCCUUGGACCGACUUCCAAAGGCCGCUAAGCCAGGCCAAGCGGCACUCGACGGUGGAGAUAACAGAGCUGCCCCAAAAAUUGCUACGCCCAUGACUCAACCAUCUCUACAAAGGUUGGUGCUUUCAAAUUCCGUACCAACAUGUUACCUUCAUUAUAACACGCUUUCACUUGCCAUCUUGUUCAAAGGAGAAGAAUAAUAUUUCGCAUUUACAUGUUAAAUUCCGAUGGGCCAUCUUUUGACAGUUCGUCGAUUUUCAAGUAUGUUCAACACUCUAGAGAAAAAUUCCACUUCUAGAAACCCUUCAAUUUCUGGGAAUUUAGUGAAAAAGAACUGGAACCCGAUUUCAAUUCCUCACAGAACACUUCCUGAACCUAAAGGUCAAGACUUCGAUUUUGUGAACGUUGUCUAUAGUCACUUAAUUCACUCUGAAUGGGAAAAUCUCAAACCUUUGUCAACCCAUUUGACACCAUUUAGAGUCAAGCAUAUUUUAUUAAAGAUUCAAAAAGACCAUGUUCUUUCACUUGAGUUUUUCUCUUGGGUCCGAAACCAUAAACCCACUUCACAUACCCUAGAAACUCAUUCAAUUAUUCUUCAUAUAUUAACCAAAAACAGGAAAUUUAAGUCUGCGGAAUCAAUUUUGAGAGGUAUUCUUGGUUCGGGUUCAAUUGAUUUACAAUGUAAGUUGUUUGAAGCUAUGUUAUAUUCAUAUAGGAUGUGUGAUUCUUCUCCACGUGUUUUUGAUUCAUUGUUUAAGACAUAUGCUCAUAUGAAGAAGUUUAGAGAUGCUACUGACACUUUUUGUCAAAUGAAGGAUUAUGGUUUUUUGCCUACUAUUGAAUCUUGCAACAAGUAUCUGGGUUCAUUGCUUGAUCUUAAUAGGGUUGAUAUUGCUUUGGGAUUUUACAGAAAAAUGCAGCGGUUUAAGAUUUCACCGAAUAUUUAUACUCUAAAUAUUUUUAUGCGUGUUUUCUGUAAGCUGGGGAAGCUUGAAAAGGCAGCUGAGGUGUUUAAGGAAAUAGAGAAUAUGGGUUUUAGUCCCACAGUUUCGUCUUAUAAUACGUUGAUCACAGGGUAUUGUAAUAAGGGUUUUUUGAGCUUGGCUGUGAAGCAGAAAAACUCGAUGGGGAGGAAUGGUGUGCAACCAAACGUGAUUACUUUUAAUACGCUUAUCCACGGUUUUUGCAAGGAAGGGAAAUUACAUGAAGCUAAUCAGAUCUUUAGUGAGAUGAAAGCCAUGAAUGUCUCUCCCAAUACUGUGACUUAUAAUACUUUGAUAAAUGGUUAUAGUCAGGUGGGAAACAGUGAUAUGGGUAGCAGGCUUUAUGAAGAGAUGUUGAGGAAUGGAGUCAAGGUUGACAUACUGACUUAUAAUGCCUUGAUACUGGGUUUAUGCAAGGAGGGCAAGACAAAGAAAGCUGCGAAUUUGGUUAAAGUUCUUGAUAAAGAAAACUUGGUCCCAAAUGCCUCAACUUUUUCAGGUCUUAUCACUGGCCAGUGUGUGAGGAAGAACUCUGAGCGUGCCUUUCAGCUGUAUAAAAGCAUGAUCAGGAGUGGUUAUCAUCCGAGCAAAAAUACUUUAGAGAUGUUGAUAUCUACUUUUUGUAAGAAUGACGAUUUUGAUGGAGCAGUUGAAGUCUUGCAGGAUAUGCUUGAAAAACGUAUAACUCCAGAUUCAGUUGUUUUGUCUGAGCUUCAUAGUGGACUCAGCCAGUGUGGAAAAGAUGAUCUGGCAAUGAAGCUAUUAAACAAGAUGGAAACGGGACGCCUUUUGCCAGAAGGUUUUGAUAAAACCAGACAAUCAGCUGUGGACCAGACAACUGGGCAUCAAGAAUGUAGAAAACUCCUCAGGUCCCUUUAACUUUAGGAUUAUUUGAAGACAUUCUUGUAAAGCAAGUUUCAGUAACACAAAGUUUGUACUGCUAAUGGAAUGAAGAAGUUCGCGUGAAGAAAAUAAUCAGAGACGUCAAUGCCUUGAUCUGUGAAUUUUUGCCAGAUGCAGCCCUAGAAAUGAUGUCAUUUGUUAGUAAGAAGAUAUUUAUUCUAAGACUGAUGGAAACCCUGGAUGAGGAAAUGGAAUAAGUAAGGUUUCUCACGUCAACUUUUCUUAUUGAUUUAAAUGAUUAGACAGGCUUGGCACCUGGAAACUGUAAGACACAAAUCUUUGGCAUUUUUCUCCAACAAUUACUGAGAGAAUGUGUGUGCUUAGAUGAUUAAAUAUCAGCGGCAAGAUUAUUCGGUCUUUGUGUGAGUUAAAGAUCCCGCAUCUUUAAAUAAGAGUUUUUUUCAUCGAAUAUGAGCUUCACAAUCAGUGUAAUGUAAGAUCACAAUCACUAUUUGUUAAUGUU